AUGGUGCAAUCUUCCUCACAUACCACUGAACAGAUGGAUGCACUUAUUGCAAAACUUCAGCGAACUGCAAGGAAGUCUCCCCAAACAGUUCUUGUUGAUACUGAACCUCCAUCUGGAAGUGAUCUAGAAGACUCCGCCAACGCUUUACUCCCAAGGAAGCGAAAGAGAAAAGAUCCAAGGCCGGGAGUGCUUAUCACAGACCCAAUUCACAAGAAUUCUACACUGACUCAGACCAGUUCGAUAGCUCAAAAUAUACAAAGCCCAUUCACUGAGUUCUGUCCAGUGACUCAAGAAAUGUCAAUCCCGAUCCCUGAGUCCACUCCUAUGGAUCAGGAUUUUCAGAGCCCUAUUAUUGAAGAAAAAGUCUUACAUUCAGAAGGAGCUCAUGAUUCAGGAAGAUCUUUUGAAACACAUGAGCUGGAUCUCUCUAAAGGCAAAAGCAAGCUGCCUGACUCUGAAUUGGUUGAUGUGCUUCUGCUUCAAAACAGAGUCUCUGAUCUAGAACAAAGCUCUGCCAAAAAAGAUUUGAUUAUUGGAAAGCAGGACAUUCGGAUCAGUGAGCUUGAAAAUGAGAACUCCGUUAAAGAUUUGAAGAUUUCAGAACUUCAAGCAAAUAUUGGUGGUCUAACUGCUCUAUUCUUUGACCUGAAACAACGCUUACAUCAAAAGUUCAGUGAUGAAUUUCAACCUUUGAGCGUUGAGGGAGAAAAGAUUUCUGCUUCUAGUGCAGGUGCUGCCAAUCCAACUUCUCCGCCUUCAAGUGAAAGAGAUGUAAGACCUGCUCCGGAUGCUAAUCUUGAUACAUUCUUAUUCUCUGGUCCUGCUUCUGCUCAAAAAAGAAGAGAGAAGCAAGUCAGGGUUGAGCAGCUGAAAGGGAAGAUGCUAGUGAUGAAGCAUUCUGAUCAAAAUGCUCUGGGUGAUCAUCCUGAGAUGUUUUUCUGGGAAACUUGA